AGAAAACAAAAACUCAUGAAAAGAAGAAACACUCAGAUGAAGAUCACAGUUCUCUCAACCCUUUUACUGGGAUGUCUCUUGCUCAUGACUGUCCAAGGGGAUUCUUCAGCAAGAGUACUUGUUCCAGCGCUAGCAGGUAAGGAAGGGAACAAGAACAAACUUGGGGUGUUUGCUCAAGAGGAACCAUUUGUGAGAAAUGGAGCUGGUUACAUGAGGAAGCUAGGGCUUGGGGGAAAGAAAUUUAGCAGACAUGAAGUGACUUCAAAGAUUUCAGGCAAGGAUAAUGAUGGUUUAAAGAAGUCUUCUGGAGGAAGCUCACUAGACAAAAAGAAUGAUGAUCAGAAGCUUAUGACAAUGGUACCAAAGGAAUAUUUGAAAUCCACCAAGUUUGUAACUCGAAGGAGUACUCCAACCAGCACAAACCCCAAGUGUUCACAAGAUUGCAAUGUCGUGCCAGUUAAAUCCAGCCUAGGGGGUUCCUCAAGUCAUGAACAACAAAUUUCUGAAGAACCUCAAAGUAAAGAUGAAACACAAAGAUUUGCUGACGCUGCAAAAGAGAUUGCAAACCUGAUAUAUAAGGAUUAUAGGGGAAAACCAAGCCACAGACCACCCAUCAAUAAUCAUGAGCCUAGAAAUUGAGAUUAUCAAGAUCAGUAAUAUAUAUGUCUAGACUCACAGUUUUGCACCAAGUUGUUGUGCUAGCAACUACUUGGUAAUGGCCUAGAUAUAUAGAUAUUAAUAUAGGUUUGCUUUAUAUUAUAGUUUUUUAUGUGUCAGAAAGGCAUCCAUAGGACUUAACAAAUAGUUGUUUCGUUUCAUUUCAUACUUAAAAUAGAUAUGUGUAGAACGCAUGCAGUUUGAGAGUGUUGUUGUAAUUAAGUGUAUCUUCGUAACAUCUUUAAUUAAUAAAAUAGAUCGCAAUGCUAG